AUGACUCGCUUCGGUUUCCUCUCUCUGGCUGUCUUCUCUCUCCAGGCCUUUGUUGGCACCAGCUUUGCUGCUGAUGCUGAGAAGGCCGCGGAACCAGAGACUGUUAGCCUGGCUGUCACUGCCCAGGCUUCCUUCCCUGCUUCCGAGAUCUUCGGCAUCAAGCUUGUCAACGGUCACCCGACCCAGGCACUGAUUGAUGUCUCCAACGAUGAGCCGAACCCUAUCACCGUGAACUUCAUCGGUGGAAGCCUGCGGAACCCUGAUGAUCAGACCCAAGUCAUCCGCAACUUGACUGCCGUUCGUUACGGUGUCGAGAUCCCGGCCGGUCAGAAGGAGACCAUCAGCUACAGCUUUGCCACCGAGAUGCACCCCCAGGAUCUCCUGAUGACUCUCUCUGCCAUCAUCUCUGACAGCGAGGGCAACUUCCUCCCUGUCACUGCCCACAAUGGCACUGUCACCGUUGUUGAGGCCGACACCAGCAUUUUCGACCCUCAGAUUCUCUUCCUCUACUUCUUCCUCUUGGCAUGUGUCUCUGGUACCGGAUACUUCUUCUACUCCGUCUGGAUCGCGCCCUACUUCCCCCAGAAGCGCAAGGCUGGAAAGCCCGCUGAGAAGCGCACCCAGGGCUCCAAGCGCGUUGAGGAGCAGGGCACCGAGGAGACCUCUGGCACUGCCGUUUCUUCCGCCACCACCUACAACGCCGACUGGAUUCCCUCCCACCACAUCACCCGCCCCGAGGCCCGCAAGUCCAAGGGCCGCUCCAAGGCUCGUGCGUAA